AUGUUGAGGGAGGAGAGUUUCGUCUUAGAGGGUCACAUGACGCUUCUUAACCCGUGGACUUCCAACUUCUUCAACUUCGUCAACUUCAUCAACUUCAACUUCAACCUCAGCAACGUCAACAACAUCAUCGUCAUCACCAGGACUACGACUGGGUAA